GAGAGAGAGAGAGAGAUAGAGAGAGGAAUGGGGAAUCCAAUUGGCCAAACAGGUUCCCAACCAAGCUCCCAGCCUCAUCCUACUACAAUUCAACAUUUCAGCCAUCCACAUCCUUUGCAGCUCAUCAACCAUCAAUCACAACAAACCCUAAACCUAGCUUCAUGUUCAGGGUGCAAAGUCAAAGCCUCUGGAUUGAUGUACAGUUGCCAAAUGUGCAGCUACUUCCUCCAUGUUAACUGUUCAAAAAUGCCUCAGCAGAUCAAACACCAGUUUGACCAGAACCAUGUUUUAUCUCUCCUCCCAACCCCUAUUUACCCAAAUGGCAUCUUCAACUGUGAUGCAUGUGGGAACCAAGGCAAUGGCUUCUCCUACCACUGCAAUGCUUGUAGCAUUGAUCUCCAUCUACUUUGUGCUUCCAUGCCAUUGUCAGUCACUCAUCAAUCUCACCUUCACCGGCUCAACCUCAUCUUCUCAUCUCCUUACCACAAUAAAGCAUUUUCUUGUGAUAUAUGCAAGAACACAGGGACUAACCACUGGCUCUACCACUGCAGCUUGUGUCAGUUUGAUGCUCAUUUGACUUGUGCAACAGCAACAGCAAAAGCAACAAAUCCAAAUCCAAAUCCAACACAUCUAGGUCCAGUUCAAGUUCAACCAAAUCAAAUGCAGCAGUACCAAACAAAAUUGACAGCUCCAGCAGUUCAAGCAGCUCCAAUUCAAUCAAUUCAGAAGCAACAGUACCAACCGGCAUCAACAGUUGCAGUUCAGCAACGUCCAGUUCAAGCUCCGAUUCAGCCAGUUCAUGUGCAACAGUACCAACCGACAUCAACAGCUCCAAUUCCACGUCCAAUUCAAGCUCCUGUUCAACCAGUUCAUGUGCAACAGUACCAACCAACAUCAACUGCUCCAGUUCAACGUCCAAUUCAACCUCCAGUUCAACCAGUUCAGGUGCCACAGUACCAACUAACAUCAAUAGCUCCAGUUCAACGCCCAAUUCAAGCUCCGGUUCAACCAGUUGCAGUUCCAAUUCAGCGUCCAAUUCAACCAAUUCUGGUGCAACAAUACCAACCAACAUCAAACUUUCCACUUCAACAAAUUCAAAUGCAACAACAGUUGCAACCACCACCAGCUUUUGGUCCUCAAUAUGCAAUGAGGCCGCCUUUAAUGCAAAGCUAUCCACCAAUGAAUAUGGGGAACCCAGGGAUGUAUGGAUCUGUUGCACCAAGUGUUAAUGCACCAGUUGCUAAUGUGCAGAAUAAUGGAUUGAUGAACUCGGCUGCUCAAGGUAUAGCUAGUGGUUUAGCUAGUGGUGCUGCUCAAGCAGUAGGGCAGGACUUGCUCCACGGAUUAAUGGGUGGAAGUGGAAGCAGCGGUGGUGGUGGGGGUGGGACCAACCAUGGAUUAACUGGUAAUGGUGGUGGUGGUGGAAAUGGAAACAAUAGUGGUGGUCAGGAUGUUUAUAAUGACAAUGGCGGUGGUCAUAAUGUUAACGGUGACAAUAGUGGUGGUCAUGAUGCUUAUGGUAACAAUUAUGGUGAUAAUGGCAAUGGUCAUGAUAAUUAUGGUGACAAUGGCGGUGGUCAUAAUGUUAAUGGUGACAAUGGUGGUGGUCAUGAUGUUUAUGGUAACAAUUAUGGUGACAAUGGCAAUGGCCAUGAUGCUUAUGGUGACAAUAGUGGUGGUCAGGAUGCUUAUGGUGAUAAUUAUAAUGACAAUGGAAAUGUUCAUGAUGUUGGUGCUGGUCAUUAUGAUGAUAAUGUCGGUGUUCAUGGUAGUUAUGGUGACAAUGGUGAUGGUCAUGACGUUUAUGGUAGUGGGCAUGAUGUUUACGGUGACAAUGGUGGUGGUCAUGAUGUUUAUGGAGUCGAUGGUGGUGCUUAUGAUCAAGGUGCUUAUGAUCAAAGUGCUUAUAUGGGGAACAAUGACGGUUGCAAUGGGGUAGAUGUUGGAGGAUGUGGAGAUUUUCAACAAGAUUAUAGCACCUAUUGAAGUUAUGCAUUCGUUGUCUUCUUCAACGAGAAGCUCAUAAACUUCAUCAUUAACGAUAUGAGAACUUGGGCUGAAAGUGAGCCAAAAAUCUAUCAAAAUUUAAAUGGAUCUCCAGUCGAUCAAGUGCACCAAACCCUACAUUUUCCAUGAUCUUUGUUGUAUUUCAUUCUAAAAAUGUUUUUUUUUUCCCUCUCUCUCUCUCUCUCAAUAUCAUACCAUUUCGAUUGCAAUGAUCUGGUUAAAUUCUACGUUGUAUUUCAUUCCUAGUUUGAUCUCCAAUUAUUUGAUGAGUAGUAGUGAGCACUAUCUAAAAGUUGCAUAUUGCAUUUGCCAAGUA